UUUUAACGGUACCAUUAUCACCACUAACGUUACCACCAUCAUCAUCACUACCCACUAAUCUACCGUCGAAACCUGAUUAUUGGGAUAUCCAAGCGAAACAAUUUAAAAUCGAUACCUUCACUUAA